UUAAUGAAAACAAAACUGAAUAAAAUACUUACGAAAUACCUCGUAAAACGAUUGCGUGUGGUUAACCUCUGUCGUCGAUUAAUUUCCUCUCGAAAAAGAAUAUAAAAAGAAAAAAAAAGGAUGUCUUUUCGAGAAUUACGCAACUUUACAGAGACAAUGAAAGUACUUGGGUAUCCAAGAUUAAUAUCCAUCGCGAAUUUUCGCACACCGAACUUUCCUUUAGUAGCAGAAAUUUUAGUCUGGCUUGUAAAAAGAUUCGAUUCGGAUUCAGACAUAACCUUCGAGCACAACACCGAGGAAGAACGAAUUCUUCUAAUACGUAGUGUUGCCGAAUUCAUGGCAUUAAAUACUAACGUGAAAUUAAAUACGAAAAAACUAUAUCAAGCGGACGGUUAUGCUGUACAAGAAUUAUUAAAAAUAACAAACCUGUUACAAGAAGCUCAAAAUCAUGGUAACGAGAGCAUAAAUCAAAGUGAUAAUCGUAAAAUCAUCGAAUUCAAUAUAUCCGACGAAAUAAAUGAAUUAAAAUCGACGAGACAAUUAGCUAGUCUCUUGACUGUGAAUGGAGCAACGCUUUUUGAUCUUCUUGGCCGAGAAGUUGAACUCCGUGAUAUUAGAAACAAUAAAGCUGGUAGACAAUUCGAUACUGCUGAGAUAGAAACGGCUCUGAAGGACGUCAUAGAAAAUAUGAGAAAAGAGAUAGAAGAUACAAAGAAACAAAUCGACAACGUCAAGGAUACAGAACAAAGUCUUGACACAAGAAUAGAAAGACGUCGAUCAGAAUUAGAAAGAAAUCAAAAGAGACUACAAACUUUAAGAAAAGUUCGUCCUGCUUUCAUGGAGGAAUAUGAAAAACUCGAAGCCGAAUUGAGAAUUUUAUACGACGAUUAUUUACAAAAAUUUCGAUAUCUCUCGUAUCUGGAACACUUGCACGAGGAUGCAGCUAAGGCUGAACAGGAAAGAAUUGAGAAACGACAAGCGGAAACUAAAAGGAAGCUGGAACAAUUGCGUUCGGAGGACGUAAGCUUCGAAAGCAUGAUCGAAGGAAAUGAUCUAGUAUUUGGAGCAAUUCAAGAAUCUCGAUUGACUCUUGGCGAUGUUGAAAAACAAAAUAUGGAAAAAACUAUGCAACCGGGUGCUCAUCCAAAAACAGAUACAGAAAAAACGUCGAGAACACAAAUGUCUCAACGACGAAUUUAUGGCAGCAUGUCUGGUCGUCAACGAGGAACGAUUUUGGAAUCUAAUGAUAGUGCUGGCUCGCUCGAUAGCGACAGCGAUCUACUUAUCGAUGGAGAUCUCGAUGACGAUGACGACGAGGACGACGAUGAUCUUUUAAAUUCUGUGAGAGGAACGGACAUAGGAAAUUUUGAUCGCAAGGUUGCUCAAGAUAAACGAUCCGUCAGCAAGGUCGAUCAUUCCGACGAAGAUUUUUAAUUGAAAACAAUUUUAAUCUCGAUGAUUCAACAGUAUCAACAGAAUCGUUACUCUGAUCGGUAAUUUUCUUUAGCUUUAUUUGGUGUGUUUUAUAAAAAGAAAAAAAAAAAGAAAAAAAAUAGAAAAGGAUAAGUACCAUCGUACACCUAUUCCAUAGAUAUUACAUAUAGCGUAGAAUAUAGGCAAAAAAUUCGCAUGAUUUUCAAUGAUAAUAAUACUGAUAAUGAUGAUAGUAAUAAUAAUAAUAAUAAUAAUAAAAAAUUGAUAAUAAUAAUAAUAAUAAUAAUAAUAGUAAUGAUAAUAAUGUCCGUUUAUGAUCGUUCGACGAGCAAUGCAUUCAUUGAUAAUGAACAAUGCCGAGAUAUAAAUAAUUAGCGAUAAAUCGUUAUUAUUCUUUUCUAUAAUACUCUCCUAUUGGGUCUUUAAUAUUAAGAAUUUCUAAGUACACAUUGUACAUACAUUAACUACGUCUACGUCAGAUAUUGUUCCUAUGGAUAUGCAUAGGGAGUUCGUUUAAACACGUUGUGCGGAUUUUGAGUGCGCUCGUUAGAAAAAAUAAAAAAAAAAAAUAAAAAAAAAUAAAAAAAAAAAGAAAGAAUGACAGAACAGGAUAUUCUGACCAAAGAAACGAGCGAAACUUAUAAUCUUCAUGAUCUAUAUUCACGGUAAUCUUUCAACGUUUGUCAUUAUGGUAUAAAAUUGAUCACAAUGAAACGAUCAAAUGAGAUGAUAAAAAAAAAAUUUCGAAGUACAUUUGAAAUAUUUUUUCCUUUUUUUUUUUUUUUUUUUGUUCAUGAUCAAAUCAAAGGAAUAAUUGAUAAUUAUCGAAACGAGAAAAGGACCUUGAAAAUGUUGAGCUGGUGUAUUGGUUUAUUGCCAAUGUGGUUAAAAGACCUUAGACCGAAAAAAUUAGGCCAUGACUAGCGAAUUAACAGUCUUCUGUUAAAGGAGAUAUUUUUCUCUCUACAACGAUAUAAUUCAUUAUCAGCAGCAACAACAUCAGCAAAUAGUUAACAGUAAUCGAGUAAUGUUCUGCGAUAAUAAUCUUAAAUGGCAGCAUUUGUUGAAAUAAUUAAUCUCAUGGAUAUUUAAAUUAAUUAAUAGUAUAGCUUGUAUGUCCAACGAAAAAAUAAUAUUAGCUGUACGAUAUAUGUUAAAGGCCUAAUAGGCAGCAGAUUAUUAUUGACAUUUACUAUCGCAUAUUUUGGAUCAUCAUACUUUCUAUCUAACGUAGAGAUAGAAAUACAGUGAAAAUAAAAACCGACUCGUUCGAGAACAUUUUAUGUACUAUUAUCGAUACUUUUUCUAACUUUGAAUAUAUUUACUGUAUUUAUUGUGCAACAUUUAGAGAGGCUGAAAGUGUUAUUUGAAUGCAGUUUGGUUAAGCGAUGACAUGUUUAACUUUCAAUGCAGUCUAUCGAGUAAAUCUUCGUUUGCUUGCUAAUAAUAAUUUCAAAACGAUAGACAGAAAGUAUUGGAUCCAUAAAAGUAAAGAAAAAAGAAAAAAAGAAAGAAAGUAAGAAAGAAAAAAAAGUAGAAUCCUGAUUGCCGCCGGUGUAAACUCGAUAAAACGUUCCGAAAGCGCGCAUAGAGAUGUAAGGAAAUAAAAAAAAAACGAUGAAAAAAAAGCUUCAAGAACAAAUAAUCAAACGUUAGAUAAUAAAAUAAACGCGAGACGACAUAUGGGGUGACCCGGUUUUUUUGAGUCCACGUAGAAAAAUAUUGUUGAUCCACUUUUUACCGGAUGAACACCCCUGUAUGUUUAAUCUCGCGAAACGAACGAAUUCGAAUUCUUCGAUCGGACCUCGAUCAACGAAGGCAACGUCGAUCUGGCGAUAACAUUCUCGGUUAUCUCCAACCCAAUAACUCCGAUCAGUAUUAUCAUGGAUAUAUUUAAUGAAUUCUUCGAACGUGAAUCCAACACGGAAGAAUGAAUUUUGAGCUUCCGGACGUAUGUAUGUAAACCAACAGAGUAAAAACGUGUAUUUACGAUUACCCUGAUGAAAUCUGAUCAGACAUCUCUCCCACGAAAGAUUCGUCGACUUUGUUAAUCGAUCGAUCAAGGGUUACCAUAAUUGUAAAAAUAGGUCCUGGCGACCCUCGGCGUGCCGGUAAAAUUCCUAAUGUCCCAUGGGACUUCAACGAUAGUCUUUCGCUACCUAACUGACUUCCCCAGUGGGCUAGUUUUUAUUCGUGGCGUCAUUAUUGGCACGGGAUCCAAUUCGGGCAAGGUACAUUCAUUACUAAGCUCCAUCCAAGUUCUAUCGGCAUUAUUUGCUAGCCUAUCCCUGUAUUUGUAGGCCGUUCUGUCAACCACCGAAGGUGUUUUUAUGCAAUCAUCCCCACCAAACUCGCAUACUCGAUAAUGAUGUAAUAUAGCAGCGUCCAAAGGCAUGUUCAAUGUACCAUGUCCAGGUAUGAAUUCCCAAACGAAAUGAUUGCCAGCUUCAACGACUCCCUGAGGCUUGCAAACAUAUUUCGAUCGUUGCUUGUGCGGAUGUAACUUACUUCUUCGUCUAGUUUUUCUUAACGUGAUCAACCCAGCUUCGGUUGGUGUCCUGCUCAUAACUACGAACGGAUCAUCCGCCCAUUGUAAAUAAAAAAAUGCAUUUUGGAAGGAAUAUGCUCCCGUUGAUUUGGUAUUUAUACGACUGCUCAUCCAUCUGAAAGUAAAAAAUUCGUCGAACCACUCAA